AUGGAUCCCACGCGGACCCUGGAAGUAAGAGCAGGCGGUGGCUCUGACAAAGAGGUACAGCCCAGUUCAACAAUCGCCCCGUAUCACACGGCGCUAAAUGGCGUUAAUCAGCCCAUGAACAUGUUGUUCAAGGACGUGUUGUGGUGGAGUUUGGGCAUAGUCGCGCUGGUCGUGCUCUCCAUCCGGAUCCUGGAGAUCCUGUGGGCGAAGCUUCGCCAGGUGUCGGCCAUGUCGGUGCCCCGUGAGAAACAAAACUACUGGAAGACGUCGCAGUGGAACUGGAUGCCCGGCAUGAAGAAGCAUCUCAUCUACGCCCCUCUUCUGCGGAAGCGCCACAACCGCGAGCUGCGCCUGUCGUCGGCUUUGAACGUUGGCACCCUCCCCUCGCGUUUGCAUUUUGUUCUGCUCUUUUUCUAUCUCGGCAGCAACAUCGUCUACAUGUUCUUCUUGAACUGGGCCGUGGAGAACAAGUACAAGUUCUGUGCCGAGUUGCGCGGUCGCUCAGGCACCCUAGCCAUCGUUAACAUGGUCCCACUCAUCAUCAUGGCAGGUCGCAACAAUCCCCUGAUCCCGCUGCUCAAGAUCAGCUUCGAUACAUACAACCUCCUCCAUCGCUGGAUGGGCCGCAUCGUCGUUGCCGAAGUCGUCAUUCACACCGUCGCUUGGGCCAUUCCCGCUGUCGCCGACAAGGGUUGGAAGGCGUUCGGCGCCGUUCUGAAGAGCUGGUUCAUCGGCUCCGGCUUCUGGGGCGGCGCCGCCAUGGUCCUGAUUUUGAUACUGUCUCUCUCGCCCCUCCGUCACGCCUUCUACGAAACAUUUCUCAACGUUCACAUUAUUCUCGCCAUUGUCGCCUUCGGAGGCACCUGGAUCCACUGCGCCGCAGCGACACCUGCGUUGCCGCAGCUGCCAUGGAUCGUGGCCAUUGUGGCGCUAUGGAUCGCUGACCGCGUGGCCCGAGCUCUCCGCCUCGUCAUUAACAACUGGUCCAAUCGAGGCUUCACUGACGCCCUCUGCGAGGCCCUGCCAGGCGAUGUUACCCGAGUCACGGUCUAUCUUCCCCGCUACGUCAGAAUCAAGCCCGGAACACAUGCCUACCUGCGAUUCUCCGGCAUCCUGGCGUGGGAAAGCCACCCUUUCUCCGUGGCUUGGGUUGAUCACUACGCCACAAACGCCCUGCCGCAGGCCGAGAAGGAGCCGUUGACUGGCCUCGACAAGAGCAAUGCCGGUACGGCCGUGUCCUUUAUCAUCGGCGCCCAAACCGGCAUGACCCGAAAGCUUUUCGAGCGUGCCUGCCAGUCCAACAAAGGCAUCCGGCUCCGCGCAGCCCUGGAGGGCCCCUACGCCGGCCACCAUAACCUCGACUCCUACGGGCACGUGGUCCUCUUCGCUGGAUCGACGGGCAUCACGCAUCAGAUCUCGCAUAUCCGGGAUCUGCUCGAGGGCUACAACGACAACAGGGUUGCCACGCGCCGCCUAACGCUCGUUUGGAUCAUCCGCAGCUACGAGUCGCUCGAGUGGGUCCGCCCCUUCAUGGACGCCGUCCUACGCAUCCCGAACCGGAAAGACAUUCUCCGUAUCCAGGUGUUUGUCACUCGGCCAGAGAACCCGCGCGAUAUCGUAAGCGCCAGCUCGACAGUUAAGAUGUUCCCUGGCCGACCCAAUGUCCCGCUGCUGCUUGCCAAGGAGGUGCAAGACCAGAUUGGCGCCAUGGUGGUGACGGUCUGCGGGCCUGGUGGCCUGGCAGACGACGUGCGAGGCGCCGUCCGUCGGCUGCAGGGCGAUACCGUGAUUGAUUUCAUCGAAGAGAGUUUCACGUGGUGA